AUGGCGAAGAGCUUAUCCGAUGUAAAAAAUUCCGAAGAACAAACGAAAGACCGCUUGCUCGAAACUACAUUGGAGACUCUUAACAAUAAGCUUCAGACCUUGGAGGAGGGGAUCAGUUCUAAAAUGUCUUCCGUCACUGACAUACUGCUAGUUCACUCCAAAGAAUUGAGAGAACUGAAAAACCUCGACUCUGACACUGAAUUGUCAUGGCUGAGAAAGGAAAAUGCCAGACUAAAAGACGAGAACGAAAAGAUAACCGAACACGUAAACAACUUAAGCUUUGUGCUAGCUGAUUUACAAGACAAAGCCGCACGGGCUAAUGAAGAGAAAGCCAGUCUAAUGACAAGUAUCCGGCUAUUGUUUAAGGAUUUGGAAUCCACUCAACCAAUAAAUGUAAAUCACCUUGAAACUCCUCAUGACCAACAACAAGCUGUUUUGGAAUGUUCUUCAGAUACGAAAGACACAAACAGCGAACAUGUGGUCACUAUUCCAACAAAAAACAGUUUUUCACCCCUACUUGUUGAAGAAACAAAUACCAACGACAAUGAAACCGAUGCAGACAAUGAAAACAACAAGCGACAACAGAGAGAUUCUGCUACCCAAAUGGUGAAAAAAGAUCACAACAGCCACAAAAAGCCAAAAGACAAGCCCGCAUAUGAGCAAAGAGCAGGCUCGGAGACAGGCCAUCGUCUUAAUGUGGCCAUCAUUGGAGAUUCCAUGGUGAAACAUCUAAACCCCUCCAAGUUGCGUAAAGGCACAAAGCAUAAUAUCAACGUGCAAACCUUCAGUGGAGCCAAUGUUGCUGAUAUGCGUUACUAUGUGAAACCAGCAAUAUCAAGAUCCCCUGACUAUCUGCUCCUACAUGUUGGAACUAAUGACUUAAAGCAACAAACCCCUCAACAAAUAGCUGGGUCAAUUUCUACGCUUUGCCAGGAAAUCGUAAAGGAAUCACCAAAUACUAAGAUUGUAUUAUCGAAAGUUAUAACCAGAUCUGAUGACUCAAGCCUAGAUUCCAAAAUCAAAGAACUAAAUUGCAAACUAUCACAG